CACAAGAAUAUACCUUUUUCUUCUCCAAUUAUAUUAUCUCUCAGCUUUGCCUUUGUAAAUCUCUGAUUGUCUUCUAUCUAUUCCAAAUCCCUUACUUUUCAAUCUUUCUCUUCGAUCCCAUCUGGUAGAUCGGCUUGAUUCUUCCAUUGUCAACUAAUUAUGGUUCUUCACAGAGAACUAGACCAUCUUUUUUUUUCUUCUUUCAGCGACCCUCCCAAAGACGGGUCGAAAUCCAGUGGCAUGUCCAUCGAAAAGAAGAUAGAGUUCCUUGAGAGCUUAACUGGAAAGGUCACAAAUCGAAGGUCCCGUAGGUGGUUAAAUGACCGUCUCUUGAUGGAAUUAGUACCGAGUCUAAAUGCAGCUGAGAUUAGAGGCUUAUUUGCCCCACCACCUUGGGCACACGGUUUAUUACAUCAAAUCUAUAUAGAACACGUUGGAAGUGAAGUGACUUUGACCUUUCUUGAUUGGAUUCAUUUUACAGGUGAUGAAGUUCCGCCUUCUACAUUUUCCAUGACUAACAUAGAGGAGUGGGACCAAUUCAGGAAUAUAGACAUGGAUAAAGAGGUUAAUAUAAUUAAUUCCUUGGAAAACUCCUUACAUAAAAGGAAAGGUCACACUGAUGCUAAUAAGAUGGCAGUGUUAAAUGGUUGGCACAGAAUCGAUUGUAGAACAAGAGAUGCACUUCGCCGCAGUUCUCUUCCUGAGCUCAUAGACAAUUAUGAGGAAUGUUUACGGACAUUCAUAACAGCAAGCACAGAUGGAGAUGUUCUUGAAUUGCAAAUUCAGGAUCCUUUCCAUAGAUUGCUUCUGCAUGGUGUUUGUGAGUUCUACAAUCUGGCAUCGGAUACAGUGACAGAUUAUAAGUGUUCGAAGAUGACGAAGAUAAAGAAGAAGAAAAAGGGUUCUCCUGUGCUCCCAAAUAUCACUCUGUCCCAUUUUCUGAAGAUGUCCAAGGAAGGAAGUUGGUAGUUUCUUGAGGCAGACUCUGGUCCAUGUAAUAAAAAGGCUAAACCAGAUAGUGUUGUACCAGGAUGAACAAUGUACAAUAUUUAGUAUUUCUUUAGAAUAUCAUUGUAAAUUUAAAUUGCUUCCAUCGGUCAACGCAAGUUGUUGAUUGUUGGUUUACAUUGUUGUAGCUCAUCAUUCUGAUUUCAACAAAUAACAUAUUUUAAGGUUGGAUUAUUAUUGUAUGGAUAUGGAAUCAGGGUCCAAAUUCUGACUA